AUGUAUAUUUGGCUGGUGAAUAAAAACAAAACUCUUAAAUCUCUCAAUGAAAAUAAACCACUUGAAAAGGAUUCUAAGAUAAGUAAUACGCCGGAGAAAAGUAAUCGUAACAUGAUGAGAAUAUGCUUGCAUCUGUCAAUUACAUUAGGCACUGUAUGGAUAUUUCAGCUGUUGGCCAGUUUAUUCCCUCAACAACCGAUUUUGAGUCGUAUUGCUGGUUUGGUUAGCAGUGGACAAGGUGCAGCUUUGGGGUUUGUAUCACUAAUGAACACGAAAAGAGGAAAGUUGCUUUUCACCUGGACAAGUCUAUUCUCUACUGGUCGUUCAGCAGCGAGGUCAAGUGGCCCUAAAAGUGGUUCAUCAUCUAGCCGAUCCAAUACAAAGCCUACAAAUUCAAGUGAUAUUCCAUUGUAA